UUAUAUAUAUUCCAGCCUCGAGACGUCAUCGCCAUAUCGUAGUUUAGACUUGUCUGUUCUAGUUAAAGAUACUUAGGCAGAUUAGAAAUGCACAUGACUUCAAAUGUUAGUUUUACAUUGAUAUUAUUUUAAUUGGUAUUUUUCAGUCGUUGCAUUUUGAUGUUAAUGUAAUGAGAAACCCAAGUAACGGAGAAGAAAAAAACUGCGUUGUUUAUUUAUAUGCGACCAAAGGCGAAUCCUGGAGGUGAACCACGCGCAUAAGUUCGUGCAUGUGAAUAAAUCAACUUCCGGUUGGUCACGCGACGUUAACUUAGAACUAAAACAAGCUUUCAGUGGUACCGUGAUUAGAUUGCAUCGAACUUUUCUGCUUUAAGUAUGAAUCCUUCCCAAUUUCCGCAAGUGAUAAGAAGUCGUAGCAGAAGUCCGUCUCCAUCUUGGCGCAGCAAUGUUCAUAAGAGAGACAAUGGUGAUGCUGGUAGAUCCCGUUAUCUUGAUGUGCCUGAUAUUGAUCACUUUGAUGCUCGUCACGCUGGUCACGCCAGUCACACGCUCAGACGGUCGAGAAGUUACAGCGAUUACCCUGUUAUCCACAAUCACAGAAGCAGACGUCAUCGCUUAAAUGCAGAACUUGAAAACAUGGCUAGUGUGGAAACUGUUUCCAACACCUUCCGUGCAAUCAAUGAUGGGGGGUCAGAUCGUUCACAGGCUCAGAAUGGAGGUAACCAGGAAAACUCAUGGCAGGGUCACAGUGAAGGAUCACUUCCCAGAGAUUAUGGCAGCACCAGUGGAGGGAAUGAAAAGCGCAAGUGUUUAUACACCCCAGCAAUGGAAGAUGCUCUUAGGAGGAGGCUGAAAUUUUUUUUCAUGGAUCCUUGCAGCAAGUUCCGUGCACGCCGUCACUGGCCAUGGAAGUUGUCAAUGCAAGUGCUCAAGAUUGUGAUUAUUACAGUACAGAUUGUGAUCUUUGGUGGGCAGAGGUCAGAAGUGGUGGAAUAUUUUGAACGGAAUCAUGUUGCCCUCAAGCACUUGCUGCUUAAAGGCUGGGAACCUAGCUAUGAAACCAUGCCAUAUCCUCCAGCAACUGGGGCCUUUGCCAUCUAUCAUAAAAAUGACUUCUUUGAUAGCAUUGAUCAUGCUUGGCAACAGUACUACAACCUUCAGAACAUCUCACUGACACCGUUGAGCUUGAUGAGAAACAAUGGAACAGUAGAUCCUAUGACCAUGUGCUGGACUCACAACAACUUUGUCCAGUUUUCCAAUGGCUCUUUUGUUGUGGGACCUGGAGUAGUUCACAACUGCACGGAGCUGGUGCCUGUUCUGAGUGGAGGGGAGCCAGAAUAUAAUAUCCAAAAAUUUUUAGCUAACAACAACAUAUCAAUUGAGUUUGAAAGGCUGCUGGAAUUGAAGCUGGAAUUUCAGUUUGGGACCUUUCACCUCAACUUGAUAGAAACUCAUUAUGGACCAACAUGCUAUAGAGUUGCAGCUAAGAUUGGGUUCACCAACUAUGAGCGCAGUGGUCAGGUUAUUAUAGACCUUGACACAAACAUUGGGGAAAUGGAGUGCUCAGGGAAGAUCAUGUCACCUGAAGCAGAAGAAGAGGAACUGUCGGUGAAAAAAAGAGCUGUUGCCUUUGAUGUUGUUGUCAUCUUGAUUUGCCUUAUGUCUUUGCUGUUAUGUGGUCGAUCCUUGGUUCGUGGUUGGAGUCUAAAACGGAAAACAGAAAAGUUCUUCAAGGUGCGCUUUGGCAAAACUCUGGACUUCUCCGAUCGCAUGGAGUUUGUCAAUUUGUGGUACAUUCUCAUCACUGUUAACGAUGUCGUCACAAUCAUUGGCUCAGCAUUUAAGAUCCAGCUGGAGAUUAGAAAAUUCAGUAUUUCUUCUGAAAACUAUGACUUGUGCAGCAUUAUGCUUGGUCUUGGUGGUCUGAUGGCUUGGAUUGGCUGUCUCCGUUACCUUGGCUUCUUCAAGAAGUAUAAUAUCUUGAUUCUGACGUUGAAAACAGCUUUCCCAAAUGUUUUACGGUUCAGUGUGUGUGCACUGGCACUUUACUUUGGCUUUAUGUUCUGUGGAUGGGUUAUUUUGGCACCAUAUCAUAUCAAGUUCCGCCAUCUUAGCACUGCUUCUGAGUGCUUAUUUUCUCUGGUGAAUGGUGAUGACAUGUUUGUCACGUUCUCUGCCACUGAGAGUGAUAAUACAGUUGUCUGGUACUUCUCACAAGUCUACCUCUAUGUCUUCGUCUCCCUCUUCAUUUACUGUGUCCUGUCCCUGUUUAUUGCUGUCAUUAUGGACACCUACGAGACACUUAAGGAAUACUAUGCACAUGGCUUUCCAAAAAGCCUGCUGCAGUGUUUCAUUGAGGAGUGCAAUGACCCUAUCAAUUCAGGAUUGUAUCAACGACAACACACAGAGACUGAUGGCUAUGAAUGCUCCUUGGUUUCCUGCUUUAAUAUGUGCUGCAGUCAUGAUCCUGACAGGCCAAAUGAGCAUACGGGGCUUCUGACCAGAACAAUAUAAUGCAGAGGAGCUUCUAAAUAUCAUACACUUAAUACUGUCUGCUGAUGGAGUUCUUUCCUUAACAAGACAGAGUGUUGCCUUCCAAACUGGAGAUAUGGCGAGCAUCGUGGCCAACCAAUGCUUGAUGAGGGCUUUGAUUUGAGAGAUUUUACCACUCAUGCAGUUCCAAGUUAGAAAUGCUUCCAGGAUAAAAUGUUUCAUGUAGUAUUACAAAAAUAUCAGAAUUUUCAUUAAAAUGUACUCAGGAAAUAUAAAAUAUAUUUUUUAAAGUAAAGCUUGUGCACAAAAAAAUUAUAAAGUCUGACAGUGACAUUUAUGCUGCACCUUCCUAAAGCAGGUGGUAAUCUUGCAUGUAAAAGAUCAUGAAGGCCAAGUUUGUAAUGUUUCAACAGCAGCAGUAGUGCAUUCUUUUGAAGCAUUUUGGAGGCCAGUAGUAAUAUUUCUUAUUUAUGAUGCUAGUAAUUGUAAAAAAAAAAUAAAAGCUAACUAGUAAGAAUUCUAAUUUGAGGAAAGGAAGGUUCAAAGGAAGAAUAUUGUAUUUCCUAUUUCAUCAAUUUUCAUACAGCAAACGGAGAAAAAGGUGAAAAAAAUGUGGAAAAAAUAUUGGAUUAGAUAUUAGUGUAAGGAUUAGAUCUGGUGAAUUUUACUAGGAUCUUUUAUGCCUAUGCCGGUGAUGCUGGAUUUUCAUGUCAUGAGUAGACAUACUGUUUCAGCUACAUUCCUCUAGUCUUUCUUCGUUAUAAAAUAAAACAAGUUUCAAGCAGUUACACCAUCUAAUUAAGUUUGCAUUCCAUAUUACUCCUGUUAUUAUGCAUUGAACUUGUUUAUUCUUGAAGGAGAAUAGCAUUUGGCAUUUUACAGUGCACAGUGUGACAGCUAAAAUGAUAAAGACAUAUGCAUAAUCCAUGUCUUGUAAAUAGACCUGAAUAUUUUCAAAAGAAAUACCCACCAUGGUCAGUUUCUGCUCAUAGCUUUAAACUGUAUAUAGAUAUAAGUUAAAGAGUGCAUCUGGCUAGCAAGGUGUAUGUAAGCAACCAAUCACAGAAUUGGUUGUUUUAUUUUCAUUGUGUUUGUUCUUUGGAGAGAAACUUAUGUCUUUCCCUUUCAGUGUGUCCAGAACUAAAAUGUUAAUAUGAUGAAAAUGAAGUUUGUGAAUGUUAUUACUUGUGUAUUAUGGUUUGGGGGGGGAAAGGUUUUUUUCGGGGGGGUGGAGGCGGUUUGCACAUUCAAGUAGAUAUAUCUGUUUUGCACAAAUCUUAAGAGACAUGUAUAUUUCCUGCAGAUCUGACGAUUCAAAAAUGUUUUAGUCCAGCUCCUCGCAAGAAAACUUAAAACUCUGAGAAGCGGUAAUCUUUGACCAGAUUAGAUUGACCAGUCAUGCUAUAUAUAUUUGUAGAUGACUGGGCUUCAUGCAGAAACAGAAUGCUCAAGUCAUAAAAAAAUGACUUUUGUAAAUAAUGUCUGUGAAAGGGCCAAUUCUGGCCAGUGCAUAUUUAUGUUGGUGGCAUCUAGUCAGAACAGUGCAAGUAUUUACAGAGGGCUAGGCUAAUGGCCUUACAUGAGAUUUUGCCAACAAAUCUUGCCCCCUUUUUUUUUUUUUUUUGAAAUGUAAACCAAGGCGUAAAGUGCAAUAAGAUUUGCUCAUAAGACACACACACACAUUGUAGUACAAGAACCACCAAUAUUUCUGUUACUGACAUGCAUUUGUAGCUUAAGUUGAUGGCAUGAUGGAUGGUCUCAUGUUUCAAAGAGGCUAGUUUCUCCUAUCAUGAAGAUUUAUGUGGUCUGUUGUGUGGGGUCUUUCAGACACCUGAAAGAUACAUUUGGUUGUUUUUGACAUCCUACCUGCAAGUACUUGUCAGGUUAGGAAGGUUUGGGUUGUUAUUGUGUGAGGCUCAGGCAGAGGCUGAAAGGUCUGGUGCUCAACAGAUGCCUCGCACAAGAAGCUCUGGUGGUGCAAUAUUGCAUGUUGUGCAAAUUCUCACCAUGUCAGGAUGUAAACCAUGCAUCUACUUGCAUGGUGGACUUCAUAUGUACAAUAUUUGGUUUACCAAUUCUUUCAUGGCUUGUCAAGGGUACUUUUGGCCAAACUUAACCCCUUUGUGGCAUUAUAUUUUACAGUCUUGCAUCCUUUGUGUUUCCUCAUAGAUGAUGUUUCCUAACCUUCCUCACUUUCUUGCCUUCAGUGAAUAUUUUAUGCAGUAAAUCUGGAUUUGAGAAAAAAAAUGGCUGCCUUUAAAAGCUACAGGAAGAAUAGGAACACAAAAAAUAAACCCUAAGGACUUAAAAAAGAUGGCUAUUACAGGAAACUGGUACUGUUUUAUGGUAAUAGAAUGUCCUCAUAUUGUCUGCAGCACUGGUCCAGAAAUAGGUAUUUCAAAAUUCAGAUGAUAUUACUUGUAGAGACUGUAAUGAAGGCAUUUACUUUCAUCAGUUUCUAUUUUCCCCUCAUUUUAUGAUGGUGAUAUGUGUGUGUAUGCAUGUGUGUCUGUCAAGUGCUGCAACUGGAGUUUCAUACAUUACAGGCCUUUGUGAAGAGGUAUGUCAUUAGUUACCUUUUUUCACGAUGUAUAUAAACGCCAUAUAAAUUCCAUGGCCAUUACCCUUUUAAUAUUGCUGUUUGUGUGAUUACAGUAUUGAGAACACUGUAUGUCUGUUGAAUGAAUGAAAGGGAUUCUUGAAGUGGGAGUAAAGAGUUCAAAAAUAAUGUUAUAACCCAGUGACAGCUGUGGCCAAACUAUGAGUAUUUGUUGCCCAGUUCUUUGAUAAGCAAGCCCUACCAUAAAGGUAGAUUCUAUCUAUAGGUCAUUGUGAUAAAAAGCAGUAAUGAACAUUAAAUACAGUAUUACGGGUAUCAGUGCUUUGAGACUAAUGGAGUUUGCGGUCCCUUUUGAUGUGUGGAAGUCGCAAUGCUGUAGUCCUUAUUCUUUUUUCUUUCCUUGAACCUUAAGGUAACCAAUAUAGAUUGCCAAGAUAUACAUGACUGUUGACAGGAUUGAAGACUGUCGUACACGUAAGUCUAUGUACUAAUAAUAGCCAGUUAAACUUUAUGUGAAAAUCAGUCCAUUUAUUUCAGCCAGCUCUUGUUAAUUAAUGCUAAUUGGCACUCUGUUGACAGUGUUAAGAGCUUGUUCCAAGGUCUGUUCUAAAAACUUCCAUUAGUGCUUUUAUUUUGAUGAAUGCCUGAAGAUAGAAAAGUACUAGAAAUUGUCGUUUACUCACUCACACAAUAGUUUGCUCAGUGCCAAGAUGAUAUUGGAAAAAAAUACUAAAAAUUGUUGUUUAUUGAGAAGCACUACAAUUUUCUGAAUACUAAGAUUAUUUAGUAGUAGUAUAGUUAUUAAUUUGUUUGAUAUACUAAUCAUCCAUUUUUAGAUAUGUGUGUUUUUAUGGUUUUACAUGGCUUCUUUUAAUGGUGACAAGAGAUUUCAACAUUUAUAAUGCUAUGCAGUUAACAGCUAUGAAAAUGUCAUACAAGAAAGCUUGCAGUGUACUUGGGAACAAGUGAAAUAUAUCCAAGUUAAUAAAGUGAUCACUGAAAAUGGUCAAUAGCAAAGAUUAUCAAAAAUUGACAAACAAGGGAAGAUGAGAGAGCAAGUUUCAAUGAUGGCAGUUAAGCAUAACAGCAGGUGUGAAAUAUCAAGUUUUUUGUAGCUGCCACCACUUACUCUGGUACAGCCUGGGUGCUCUCUCUUGCUGAGACCAGUUCUCGAGUCAGCUAGUCAACCGAAAAGUCAAAGUUCCAAAAUUUCUUUUAAUUUUGCAAUUUGUGUUCAGAAGAGAGCAUUCUGUAACUUGUAGAUUUACUUAAAGAUUACAGUGUUAUACAUUCCAUGCCUUCCUAGUUUUUCUGACAUAUAACCAAGCAAAAGAAUGAAAACUUUGUAAGGAGGUGUAACCAGACUAAGCAUACCAAAGCAAGCAGAACUUUUCAGGCUUGUGAGAGCAUCAUUGUUCCUAAUUACAGGUAUUCUGAGAUGUCUUUCAAGACUGCCAGAGUUUGAUAUCUCCCUGUGGUGUUCAUUAAAUGAUGGCCAAAGCAGAUACAAUGGUGCCCUACAUUAUCUUUGCAAAAUAAUUUUUUAUCGAGAGAUACAAUCUGAGUUUUUAAAAAAAAUUAUUUUACAGAACUUUGACAGAUAGUGUCAUCAGUAUGCAUGUUUGUAAAUGACUUCAAAUCCAACCAUUGUUUGGGAACAUUUUCUAGAUCAGUUCAGUUUUUUAAAGAAAAUGGUACACGUCUUUUCUUUUCUUUUUGUUAAUUCAAAUUGUCAGUUUAUUGAGUUUGCCACUAGUUUAUGAUUAAAUGAAAUUUUGAGAUGAAAGAAAGGUCAGCUAUGUUGAUUAAGAUUAUGAAAUGUUGAAGUUUAUGACUUCCUACACAGAUGUUGAUUGUAUGUCUUUCAUUUUGGAAAAGCUGUUAUGUUACUAUCCUCCUUCAUGAAGCUUGUUUGUGAAGUUGACACAUUUUAUAAAAAUAGAAGUUUACAGAGUUCACAAGAAUAAAAAUGCUUUUCUCUGA